AUGGCACUUCUGGAGAGCUCUGUCAUUUGGCGCAAGCUCACAGCUGCACAGCUGCUGAUGCCAGCCAUGUCCAAAGCCAUGGAAGUGGCCGCCUGCUCUCGCAGCAGCCCCAAAGCUGCCGAGGGUCGGGGUCAGAGGAACCCCACCCCAGGGGCCGCCUGGCGCUGGUGGGCUGCUGCCCGGGAGUCGCGGCUGCGCCCCUGGAAGCGGGCGCGCAACCUCGCUCGCGCUCUCGGGAAGUUUCUCGUUCUGUGCGAGCUUCUGAGCCCGACGUUUGCAGUCCUUCCUCCUGGCGGGUCCCCCAUCGCCCCUCGCCGUGCUCAGGGCCAGGCUCGAUCCCCUUCCGUGGCCCUGGCUUUGGUGACCGGGGUUCAGGACUCCAGCAGAUCCUGUGAGCCUUCCUGUACCUGCAAAGCCAGCACCAGACUUCGCCCUGACUUCCUAGGGUCUUUACAACCAUUCUUUUGUGCCCAGAAUUGGCCCUUGCUGGCAGACAGUCGUCCAGCGUCUAAGGUGUCUCGUUUCACAGAGUUUUUGGACCCAUUCCAGAGAGUCAUCCAGCCAGAAGAGAUCUGGCUCUACAAAAACCCUUUGGUGCAGUCCGACAACAUACCUACCCGCCUCAUGUUCGCAAUUUCUUUCCUCACACCCCUGGCUGUUAUUUGUGUGGUGAAAAUUAUCCGGCGAACAGACAAGACUGAAAUUAAGGAAGCCUUCUUAGCGGUGUCCUUGGCUCUUGCUUUGAAUGGAGUCUGCACAAACACGAUUAAGUUAAUAGUGGGAAGACCUCGCCCCGAUUUCUUUUACCGCUGCUUUCCAGAUGGAGUGAUGAACUCAGAAAUGCACUGCACGGGGGACCCGGAUCUGGUGUCCGAGGGCCGCAAAAGCUUCCCCAGCAUCCAUUCCUCCUUUGCCUUUUCUGGCCUUGGCUUCACGACGUUCUACUUGGCUGGCAAGCUGCACUGCUUCACCGAGAGCGGCCGGGGGAAGAGCUGGCGGCUCUGCGCCGCCAUCUUGCCCCUCUACUGCGCCUUGAUGAUCGCCCUGUCCCGCAUGUGUGACUACAAGCACCACUGGCAAGAUUCGUUUGUGGGCGGCGUCAUUGGCCUCAUUUUUGCCUACAUUUGCUACAGACAGCACUACCCGCCUCUGGCCAACACUGCGUGUCACAAACCGUACGUCAGCCUCCGGGUCCCGACGGCGCUGGAGAAGGACGAACGGCCCGCGGCCGACAGCGCGCCCAGCAUGCCCCUCGAGGGCAUCACCGAGGGUCCCGUGUGACCGGCCUGGGGCACGUGGACGCCGAGCCCGGGCACCUCGUCCACCCCCGCCUCAUCACUCCUCGGAAGGGGAUUUCUGUCGUGCGCUGUCCAUCUCCUG